AUGUCCACCUUGACUGAUUUCGACACCAUCACAAACCAGAACGUCAUUGCUGGGUUGACAAGCGUUCCCAAGCAGUGUAUGGUCAUGGAUGGAUCGAGAUUGUUUGCGGGAAAUCCGAGUCUACCCUGUGCACCACCAGCGUACGGGUCGGGCCAGUUUGAAGCUGCUGCUCUUUUUGAGCAGGCCGUACAAUAUGCUGCCGCAACAACAGCUGCUGCAGCUUCACAAGCGCCGUUUCACUCGACUGUGCCCCCAAUAUAUAGUCCUUCACCGAGUGGCAACAACAAUAUGAUGACAACAAAUGACACAACCAUUUCUUCUCAAAUUGAUGAAGGUUGUUCAUUGGAUGACGACGAAGACAGCAGCAUUCUCAGCAACUUACCGAACUCGUGUCAUGACUUCGAACUCAAGGAGUUGCAUAUCCGUCUGGAGCGAAAUCACUCGAGUCCGUUGAUUGGAGGACACAGUUCGCCAGCGCUGUCAAGUCGUCUUUCAAGCAAUUGCCCUUCGGCUGAACCACCAACUGAUCCUGCUGAGCCGGAAGAUUUGGAGGUUACAAAUCGAUCAGGUACUGAUAAAAGCGGCCAAUCGUCACUGGAACGUCCUGAACGUUUACCGUACGCGAAAAAGCUCAGCGCUCACGACCCAUUGAACAGUAUCGCACAGUACGACAGUCAUCCAAUCACAUCACCAACGUUUUUGAAUCUUAGUGAGAACUUCGAACCAUGACUGAGGAUUGAAGGUGCUGGUUUUGGAAGUGGAGAAUUGUUCGAGUCAAUCGACUCUACCAGAAGUUUCAUCGAAGAUAAAAAACGACACAUCAGCUUCGAUAAUUAUUUCCGUGGGUCGACACCUAUAAGUGACUGUGCUACACCAGAUUCAAUUCGCUGUGAAGACGAAACGGAAGCUCUAGCAAAAGGUGAAGAGCUACGUAAAGUGUCCGCGACUAAUCAAAAUAAAGCAGUACGCAAGUUAUACAUGGACAACUUGACAGUGUCUGGUUCUCCAGAAAAGCUGCCAAAAGACUUGCUUCCGGUCAUGGACUUGAAUAAGUCAUCAACCGAAACUGCCGCCACCAAAUUUGAGCCUAUUGCUGGCUUAUCAGAUGCGUCUGGGCAAUCCAGUUCACAAGUGAAGUCGGUGGAUGUUAGUUCUUCCAUCCCAGAAGAGCCUACUGUGGUGGGAGAUGACGAUGGUGAUUCGUGGGAAAACCUUGAUGACACAAAGCUUGAACAGCAGAUGAAUGCGUUAAAGCUUGAAGUCGCAUCCAAGGCACCACGACGCCCCAUCAAUUACUUUGCUCCCCCGGUGGAAGUUGCAACUCCUUGGGAUCCUUUCCUGUUGCCUCACGUUCUUGAAGCUUACGAUGUACCAGAGUACAAACUCGCUGAAGAUGUGGUUAAUGCUCUGGCGGCUACUGAUUGGGGUAAUGCCACAGUGAAGUGGUUGGAGCGCAAGAUUGUCUUUGUGGUGUUCGCUAGUGAACGACAAGCACGCGAUGCUUUGGUGCUGCACAAGCAUCAGUGGUUGCGAUUACGGCCACUUUCGAAGUCUCCGGCCCGUGUUCAGGAGAAAGCACGAGAAAUUCAAGCUCAGCUGAAACCUACCAGGGCUCGCCCAAAAACAAAUGCUGGCGUAGCUCGCAGAAUGGUAGAGAGUACUCUGGGAAUGCGCUCGUCAAUUUCGAAAGAGCAACGCGAUGCGGAAAGGAAACAGCUAUCUGAUGCGAAAGCUGCAAAGAAGAAUUCGGUUCGAUGGGACGAUUAA